AUGGCUGCAAAUAUCACUCAAGUCAUCAACGAGGAUGCCUCGCAGCGGACGCUGGCGCCCGUAGCUGUGGGCUCCCAGGUUGCGCUAAUGAGCAUAAUCUCGUUUGCUACCAUCAUCUUCUUCAAUGUCUUACGACCCAGAAACAAGAUCGUCUACGAGCCAAAGGUCAAGUAUCAUGUUGGUGACAAGCGACCACCGCGGAUGUCGGAUUCCAUGCUCGGAUGGCUGCCCCCCGUGCUGCACACGAAAGAGCCUGAGCUCGUCAACAAGAUUGGGCUCGACGCCGCAAUCUACCUUCGAUUCCUCCGCAUGCUGCGUUGGCUGUUCACCGCGCUCACCUUCAUCUGCUGCGCCGUCCUCAUGCCUCUAGACAUCGUCUACAACCUGCAGAACAUCCCGACCAAGUCGCGCGACGUGCUCUCAAUCCUGACAAUCCGAGACCUCUCCGGAUGGCGGCUCUGGAUCCACGUCGCUAUCAUGUACAUCGUGACGGGCAUUGUCACGGCGUUUGUCUGGUAUCACUGGCGCGAAGUCGUGCGCCUGCGACGCGAGUGGUUCCGCUCGCCGGAGUACAUCCAAUCGUUCUACGCGCGCACCCUCAUGAUCACGAAGGUCCCGAAGAAACUGCAGUCAGACGAGGGCAUACGCGCAGUCUUCCAGUCGGUACAGGUUCCGUAUCCGACGACGUCCGUUUCCAUCGGUCGCAGGGUGGGUCAGCUCCCGGAGCUGAUCGAGUUUCACAACAACACCGUGCGCGAGCUCGAGGCCGUUCUCGUGACGUAUCUCAAGGACGGCAAAUUGAACAAGGAGCGUCCGCAGAAGCGACUGGGCGGCUUCAUGUGCUUUGGUGGACAAAAGGUGGAUGCCAUCAACUACUACAUGGCGAAGCUCAAACGGACGGAAGACGCUGUGGAGCGCUACCGCGAGCAGAUUGACUUACGCCAGCCAGAGACGUAUGGUUUUGCGUCCAUGGCUGCAGUCCCGUACGCGCACAUCGUGGCGAACUUGCUGCGGGACAAGCAUCCUAAGGGCACCACCGUUGCACUUGCUCCCAACCCUAAGGACAUUGUCUGGACGAACUUGAACAAGUCGUCCGCGGAGGUUGCGCGCAACCGGACCAUUGGCUGGGCCUUCCUCGUCUUGGUGUGUUUUGUCAACACUGUUCCGCUCUCCAUCAUCUCCAUCUUGGCAAAUUUGGCUUCUCUGACGGCAUAUGUACCGUUCCUGGAGGCGUGGGCAGUGAACUCCAAGGCAACGUUCACGGUGAUUUCUGGUGUACUGCCUCCCGCGGUGUCGGCACUGUUCGGAUACGUGUUGCCUAUCAUCAUGCGCCGGCUCACGAAGUACAUGGGAGCUUACACGCACUCUCAACUCGACCGAGCAGUCGUUGCGCGGUACUACGCGUUCCUGGUCAUCUCACAGCUGAUCAUUUUCACCUUGAUUGGAGUCAUGUUCAACUCUGUGACACAGAUUGUUGACGAGAUCGGCCGUCACAAGAGCUUCAAGGAAAUCAUUGAGAACCUAAACAGUCUUCCCGGUCUCAUCACCAACACUUACAUUGACCAAGCAUCAUACUGGCUCACCUACUUCCCGUUGCGCGGCUUCCUAUGUGUCUUUGACUUGGCACAGAUUAUCAACCUUGUCGUCGUGUUCAUCAAGAAAAGUAUCCUUUUUGGUCGGACACCUCGCGAAAUUCGGGAGUGGACACAGCCACCAGAAUUUCAAUACUCGAUCUACUAUUCAAACCUACUUUUCAUGGCGACCGUCGGCUUGUUCUUUGCGCCUAUCGCGCCGCUUGUCACCGUUGCGGCGAUGGUGGUCUUCUGGAUCUCGUCUUGGGUGUACAAGUAUCAGCUCAUGUUCGUCUUUAUCUCGCAAGUCGAGACUGGUGGGCGUUUGUGGAACGUCGUCGUGAACCGGCUGCUCGCUUCCGUCAUCCUUAUGCAUCUCAUCAUGAUGCUCACUAUCGGCUUCAAGUUCGGAUUCGGCACCUUCAGGUGGAUAGCCGCUAUCCCUCCUAUGCUCAUCACCAUCGGGUUCAAAAUCUACUUGACUCGGACGUUCCUCCCCGCAUUCCAGUACUACAUCCCGACCGAAGAAGAGCUCCGGCAGGCGGCCGUGCACUCGAAGCGCUCCGACAACCUGAACAACAAGCUCGAGAAGCGAUUCGGACACCCGGCGCUCCACCAGGACCUGUUCACGCCCAUGGUGCACGCGAACAUGACGCACCUGUUGCCGGAGGUGUUCGACGGCAAGAUCGGGAGCACGAAGACGGCACUGGACGACAUGGGCGGGAACAAGGUCGAUGCCGCCGUCGUGGGAGGCGUCAGGAUUGCUGGUAUCGAAGAGCACGACCUGGAGUACGAUCCUUCGCUCUACCGGCGCGACCGUGGGGAGCUUGACUGGGACCAGCGUUCGAUGGCGUCCACAACGAUGCUAAACGACAACAAUUCCAUGGCACAGCUCAACCUUGCAGGCCGCGGCUCACCCGCGCCGUCCAAGAUGGGCGGCCACGACCGCUAUCUCGCCAGCGGGCCCCAGCCCGAGAUUGAGAUGGCACGCCUGGAUUACGACCAGCAGCCUUUGCUGCACGCUGCGCAGACGCCUGGCUACUACCAAGCAGAGGCUGCAAACAGAAGCAUGGCGAGCUUUUCGCAGCACGGUUCGCCGUACGGCACACCGCAAAUGGAGCACCCACCGCCGAUGCCGCCGAUGGCCGUGUCAUACGACAACCGUGUAGAUCAGGGCUACCGGCAGGCACCUGUAUAUCGGCCAAACCCAUCGCAUAGCGAUUCGUGGCGACCGUGA